AUGCCUGAAAUCACUCCAAAAAAAGCUUCAGUAUUUAAGACAAAAAUCGGAAGAAUUGUUCUUCUAGCAUUACUUAGUAAGGAAUACCUGGUAGAUGGUAGGCCUCUGGACCUACUACCCAUUUCUCCUCAUUUAGAGCUGGGAAGUACUUCAGUGCUUGCUCCAGCUGCUGCAGUGGCCUCAGUAGAGUAUAUUCCUGCAGUCCAGAGUUUGAUGGAUCGUGCACAACCAGCUAAAUACUUGGCCAAAUUGAAUGAAAACUUUGAUGAGACAAUCUAUACCCCAAAGGAAAACCCAGAGGAGAAAUAUGUGCCACGCAUGAGGUUGAGGAAAUUACUGGGUUGUAACAACCGCCAAGAAGGGGGGGGAGGUGGAGGGGGAAAGGGAGGGGGAGGGGGACUGGCCUUCUUGGCACAAAUUCUUUCAGUGGCUUGCAUUGGAUUAUUUUUUCUCAGAGCAUAUCAGUGGAUAAAUUAUUUCAAGGAGGAAUAUGGCGGAAAUGGGGGUGGUCAGUAUAUGCAGGGUGGUAUGGGUGGGGGGGGUGGCCUUCCAGGGGGUUAUCAGAUGGCACCAGGGGGUGGUGGGGGUGGUGGGGGUGGCUUCCAGGGUGGCUUUGGGGGUGGCUUUGGGGGUGGCAGGGGUGGUAAUCCCUAUGCAUUCCAGGGGGGUAAUGGUGGUGGUGGUAGUCCGUUUGGUGGUGGUUGUGGGCCAUGUGGUAGUGGUGGUGGUGGUGGUCCAUUUGGUGGUGGUGGUGGGCCAUGUGGUAGUGGUGGGUGUCCACCCCGUGGUGGUGGUGGUGGGGGUUAUGGUAGUUAUAAAUAUCAAUGA